UAAAGUAAAGUUAGGGUUUUCUCACUAAUCUCUGCUCGCACUAAGUUUAGAAAUUAUCUUUAGGUAGUUUAGGGAGACGGUAAGUAAAGCAUGCAGUUCAUGAGAGUGAGCUUUUACAUGUCUGUGUAAACUUCAUGUAAAAAUAGGUUGAGGCUUGUGGGGCCUUCACGGUGCAUUUUUACAGACGGCUUUUAUUAUGUCAAAUGUGUACUGCUAUGAAACUAAUCCUCCUUUUCAUGCUCUGAACUAUGAACUAUGUAGCUCCACCUGUUUGCUGAGGGCUGGUUAGACAAGUAGCCUGACACUGACAAAAACUGUCUGCAUCUCACUCCUACACUGAGUGUUUGCUUUAAUCGCAAUUUCUCACGGUCUCUAAAGCCAAUUUACCUGCAUAUUCAUUCUUUCUUUUCUCCUUUUAGUCAUGGCCUCCAUGUCUCCAAACAAUUUCUCCUGGGUUGAACCGGGCAAGUUGGCUGGAUUGGCACUACCCAGAAUGACUUCUGAUUACCAGUACCUGCUGGACAACGGUGUAAAACACCUGGUUUGCCUGUGUGAGAGAAAACCACCCUACCAUGACACGUGUCCAGAUUUACAGCUGCACCAUAUCAAGAUCGUAGACUUCACCCCACCGUCACCGAGUCAGAUUGACAGAUUUCUCUCCAUCGUUGAGGAGGCCAACACCAAGGGGGAGGGUGUGGGAGUUCACUGCAUGCACGGCCACGGCAGAACAGGGACCAUGCUGGCCUGCUACCUGGUGAAGACGAGGAAGAUAUCGGGGAUCGACGCCAUCAACGAGAUCCGCAGGAUGCGCAAAGGCUCGAUCGAAACUCACGAUCAGGAGAAAGCUGUGGUUCAGUUUUAUCAGCGCACUAAGUAGCUUUUUCAGUUAAGAAGCACACAGUCAUCUGAUUUGACAUAUAAGCUUAAAAUGAGAAGAAAAUGCGUCCUGACUACUUUGCUAAUGUCAAACUUUAUUAACUAAUAUAAGAGUAAAUUACAAAGAGCUGAUAAAUGGAAAAAGCUGAAUGUUCUGGAGAGCAAUGCACACACAGAAACCACAGAUUGUUGCUGUGACAUUUCAGUAUGACAAAAGUUAGAAAUACAUCUACAUGUCCAAGCUGCCUUUUUUUACACGCUACUAUAUAUUUUAUACUUUCACUAGCAUAUCAUUUCAAGGCUUUGAAAGGGCCGAUCCAACAAGAACAAAAAGUACAACAAUAACUAUACAAGCACCACUUAAAAAUAGUUCUGACUCAAGUCACCUGUAGGUGGCAAAAAUGUAAUUUUGAUCAAUUUAAGAGCAACAGAUUGAACAACAGAAAUACUGACAGCCAACCAAUAAUCUACCAGAAGUUAGUGGGCAGUGGGCAUCACAUUUCAAAUCAUAAUUUUACUUGAGACGUGCUGCCAAACAGUUUUUAGUGCUGACAGGUUUCUGGAAUUCGUUGUGUCCAUACUUACCUUUUUUAACAGUCACCAGGAUGCCAUCAACAAAAGAAUGAGCGCCGCCUGUGUUCAAGUGAUGACAACUAUUGCCACACAGUGUUGGAUUCUCUUAACCGUUAACAGAAUUGAUUGUCCAUCAGUGUGGAUCUCAUAGUGUCAUAUCUAUCAUUCUAGUUAUUAUUCUUGUGUGUUGGUGUGGGCGGCGCUUGAACCUUCCUUUUUAUACACUGGGCACGAGGGAAAACAGGCGCUGACGCUCCUUGAACGUGAGCUUUUCUGGAGCUGAUGCCCUCCUGGUUUUCUCCUCCUGGUUCCUGUGAACAAACGAGUACUUGAAUUGUGAAUACUUCAAAACCUUUUGGGGACACAAAACCGUAGGCUGUUCUGUUGUAAAAUGUAUUUACGGAGAACAGAUUUAUUUAACUCAGGGAUCUUACAAACUCUUUU